AUGGAUCAAUGGCAGGGCUACUCAGAUGCCACCGGCGGUCCGCAACGAAGAUACAACGGCAAUGGCCAGCAGGAGUAUAACGUCAGUCGCCAGAACAGCCAGCUCCAGCAUUCUCCUGGUGCCUUGCGAUAUGAUCAGUAUGGCAAUGUGACGCAUUCUAGCGCGACCUCGCCCUUGUCCACCCCGCAACUGCGCGAUAACAAUGGUGAUAUCCCCAUGGCUGAUGCUCAUGAUGCUUACGGCUCCAUGAAGUACCCAAUGCGACCGCAUCACCAGUCGCACCAUUCUGGCGGUCGUCCUCCCGCCAUGAACCUGCCAUCAGAACCAUCUGCCGCCGCACAACGAUACUCACCCAUGGAGGUGCUGCCACCAACCUCUCCAUACAAUUCCAAGUCUGCGACUGGUCAAUUCUCGCCCCAUCGACAGUCACCAACGCGCGCCAACAGCAAUCACGACUAUUCAUCGAGCCCUUAUUACGGCAAUAGCAGGCAAGGAUCACAGCUCCCUACCAUUAAUCCCUACGGCAACAAUGGCCAGGACAGCCAGCCGAACUCGGCUGUAUCGCCAUUCGAUGGCGCGACUAACGAUCCCAAGUCGCCGCAAAGACGAACAUACCCGGCAGAGAAAAAGCCCGUACCUGAGUUCAAGAAGAUAAGGGCUCCUAACGAUUUGAGACCCAAGGUCAAUGCCCAGCCCGCGUUCCGCAGAGCUGACCCUGAGGGAGGAUUCAUCAGUCCUCUCAAAGCGCUCACAACGCAACUCCCCUCCACUUACCGAAUCUGCAAUCCUAGCUUCAAAUAUGAAUCAUCUCGAAACCCACGCCGAGUGCUCACAAAGCCGAGCAAAGGAACCAAGAACGACGGGUAUGAUAACGAGGAUAGCGACUAUAUCCUAUAUGUGAACGAUAUUCUAGGAUCCGAGGAAGCAGGCCACAAAAACCGUUACCUCAUUCUUGACGUACUAGGCCAAGGUACCUUCGGUCAGGUUGUCAAGUGCCAAAAUCUCAAGACUCAGGAAGUUGUGGCUGUCAAGGUUAUCAAAAACCGCACGGCAUAUUUCAACCAAAGUAUGAUGGAGGUGUCGGUCCUCGAUCUGUUGAAUACGAAACUUGACAAGAACGACGACCAUCAUUUACUUCGACUGAAGGACACCUUCAUUCACAGGCAACAUCUGUGCCUGGUGUUUGAACUCCUCAGCGUCAAUUUGUACGAGCUGAUCAAGCAGAAUCAGUUCCGAGGUCUCAGCACUACCUUGGUUCGAGUAUUUGCGCAGCAGCUCUUGAACGGCUUGGCCCUACUAAACAAAGCCCGUCUCAUUCACUGCGAUCUCAAGCCUGAGAACAUUCUACUGAAGAAUCUCGAGAGUCCGAUCAUCAAGAUUAUUGAUUUUGGUUCGGCAUGUGAUGAGCGCCAGACUGUUUACACCUAUAUCCAAUCCAGAUUCUACAGAUCGCCCGAGGUGCUUUUGGGUCUCCCCUACUCGUCAGCAAUCGACAUGUGGUCGCUCGGCUGUAUUGUGGUUGAGCUUUUUCUUGGAUUGCCCUUAUUCCCAGGAUCGUCAGAAUACAACCAGGUUUCAAGAAUUGUCGAAAUGCUUGGAACCCCACCAAACUGGAUGAUUGAGGUCGGUAAACAAGCAGGUGAUUUCUUCGAGAAACGACAAGACGAGUUCGGGCGUAAGACAUACCAUUUGAAGAGUAUGGAACAGUACUCGCGAGAGCGCAAUACGAAAGAGCAGCCCAGCAAAAAGUACUUCCAGGCGAACACGUUGCCAGAGAUCAUCAAGUCAUAUCCCAUGCCGCGUAAGAACAUGAAACAGAGUGAAAUCGACAGAGAAAUGAACAAUCGCAUUGCGUUCAUCGAUUUCGUUAGGGGCUUGUUGACUAUCAGCCCUCUGGAGAGAUGGUCUCCACAGCAAGCGAAACUGCACCCUUUCAUCACGCAGCAGAAGUUCACUGGGCCGUUUGUACCCCCAAUGAACCUCAAGGCGAGCUCUCUUAAUCGGACACCCGCCCCCGGAACUCAACAACAGCAGCAAGCUGCCGAACUUAGCAAGCAAAGGGCACAAGCAGCACAAGCUCAGGCGCAAGCUGCGGCACAGGGUGCCUAUGGCAUGCAACAACCAGGGUAUCCCCAGUCGCCACAUGGACAACCGCCGAUGUAUCCUACCAACAACAACAAUACCAACAACAUAUACUCACCGGGUGGUUCACACGUCGCCGCGGGGUACGGCACACCUCAGCAAGCCCCAUACGGGCAAAUGCCUAUGGGUCAAGUGCCGGCCCAAAUGCCGCCAGCUAAUUAUGCCGGUGUUCAGCCACAGCCAAACCUUUACCAGCAAGCCACGGUUCGCGCUGGCCGGCAGCGGGCUUCGACUAUGGAUCAGCAGCAGAACGGUAUUCCAGCGACGAUACAACGAGUGGCUAGUCACCUCGACCCGAACCAGCCUAUUCGCCUGCAACCAAGUCCAGCUUACUACCCACCGCCAGCUGACGGUCUCGGUUUACCUGAUCCUAACUCUGGCAGGAUUACCGGCAGGAGAGAUAGCAGAUCUCAGCGGGGCGGUGCUAGAGGAAACCUUAUUCGUAACCUAGAGGAGAGGACAUUGGAGGAAGGGUUCAUGGGAAGUGGCCAAAGCCCAUGGCACUGA